AUGAGUACGAGCGAAACUUUAAAGAAUAUAAAGAAUAAGCAAAAGCGACAGCGCGUUUUUGCUGAGCUCAAGCAUGAAAAAAACAAGGAAAGGCAUAAAUUAAGACUUGCUAGAAUGAAGGAGGAGAGGCUAAACCCAGAGCUAAAAGAUGAAAGAUUGAAAAGCAAUGUACCUAACACUAUCGAAAACAUGAGAGUAUAUGACGAAACAAUUGGAACUGCUAUUGAAGGUGAGGACGAAUUUGCACAAUACUUCCAAGAUGGUAAAGCUCCGAAAAUACUAUUGACAACAAAUACUUAUGCAAAAAAAGAAGCUUACGAAUUUGCAGAUAUAUUAAUGGAUUUCUUACCAAAUACAACAUUUGUCAAGAGAAGGAAGGAUUAUUCUAUCAAAGAAAUGGCCAAGUACUGUAAUAAUAGAGAAUUUACGGAUCUAGUGGUGAUAAAUGAAGAUAAGAAGAAAGUAACUGGUCUCACAUUCAUACAUUUGCCAGAAGGUCCCACAUUUUACUUCUCCAUUACUUCUUUGGUUGACACUAAACAAAUUCAGGGCCAUGGACGUGCAACAGAUCAUACCCCUGAAUUGAUUCUUAACAAUUUUCAGACAAGGUUUGGAAAAUUAGUGGGUAGACUUUUUCAAUCCCUCUUUCCACAGAGACCAGAGAUUCAAGGUAGACAAGUUAUAACACUUCAUAACCAAAGAGAUUUUAUAUUUUUCAGAAGACAUAGGUACAUUUUUAGAAAUGAAGAGAAAGUGGGUUUACAAGAACUCGGGCCCCAAUUUACUCUUAAACUCAGAAGAGUCCAAAAGAACGUCAAGGGUGACUUGAUCUGGGAGCAUAGACCUGACAUGGAGAGAGACAAGAAAAAGUUUUACCUUUAG